AUGGCUUCGUUUCAAAGCUCACAUUCAUUAUCUUCACCAUCGUCUGCCUUGUCUCCGCAGCCUGCGAAAAAGAAAAGACCCGCCCAACUACCCUUACCUUCCUCCAACUUCAGCGCUACUCCCGCUCAGCGUCUGCAAGCCAUCAGCACAAGCUCGCAUAGUACAACGCAUGCGGGAGGUAUCCUUCCCUCCGCCUCCUUUUUCCACCCCUCGCGGCCCAAUCGAACCUCUUCCGAAAUGUCCGUGAAUGAGGUACUCCCCACCUUCGUCUCAGCGCCAGAUCAAAUCCAACUCGCCCCACUUACACACCAAAUCUCUCACGAAUCUGACGAUAUUGGCAGUGUUGGUGGUCCUGCGUCGACGGGCGACCUCCAUCGCCAGUUAUCAAAGCGGAUGAAACGUAGUCGCGAGCCGCUCCUUCCAAUGACGAGUCGGAACGUUGUUGUCAAUAUCGCACCUUUGCGGCCUUCGUUGCAGCGUGAUACUUCUCAGCGUAGCGUCGUUAGAAGCGAUAGCCAUCAUAGCACCAAUCCCCCUGCAGGGCAUCGGGUUCGAAGUAGUCUCGAGCGCAUAUUUCGAGGCAUGAGUAUCGACUCUGUUCGCAAAUCGGGUAGUAGUCCUGGCCAUACUCUUGACCUGAAGUACAAGCCAUCGUCUUCUCCACCGAUGACACGGACUCUGUCUGUCUCUCCAUCCCGUCCGCAGACAGCUAUGUCAGAAACACGUCAACGUGUCUUUAUUUCUGCACCACCAACUGAGCCUUCAUGUUCGGAGGUACCUCUUUCCCCCCGCGCGCGGAGAUACAAGCAACACCCCUCACGCAACACCUUUUUCUGUGGAGGACACUUGCUCACAGGAGGAGACUCUCCCUGGGCGUUCAUCGCCUCGCUUAUCGCGGCCUUUGGGAUCUCAGGGGCGUGGUUCGGGACAACGUGUGUCUGGUGGUGGCAUAAUGAAAGUCCAGCUGUUGCAGCUGUAGGCGCAUAUAUGUGCCUAUUAACACUUUCGAGCAUGUUUGCUACGGCAUUUCGUGAUCCAGGUAUCCUUCCACGGAAUCUAGAUCCUGACCCACCGCUUCCGAGUACUUCACCUUCUGACGGUGGGGUUCGAGCACCCUUGCCUCGGGAUUUGAAAGUGCGUAAUGAUACAGUUCGUGUAAAGUAUUGCGCGACAUGUAAGACUUACCGACCUCCGCGAUCAAGUCAUUGCAAAAUGUGCGACAACUGCGUUGAUGGGUGCGAUCACCAUUGCCAAUGGGUUAACAAUUGUGUCGGCCGACGCAAUUACACAUCCUUCUUCGUCUUUUUAUUUUCUUCCGUCAUUACGCUAUCCCUCAUCAUAUGCACUGCUGCCAUCCACAUAUACCUUGUCACUCGAAGAGAACAUGUUGAUUUCAAGGAGGCACUGAGCAAAGGAACUGGUGCUGGUAGCGCCGUGGUGUUUAUACUCUCUAUCGUCGUGAUUUUGCCCGUUACUGCAUUGCUGGGAUACCACGUUAGGUUGCUGUCUCUGAACGUUACAACCAUUGAACAGAUAAGAAAUCAAGCACACAAGACGCUGGUGCCUGGGGUAGCACCGCCCAAUCCUUUCUCGUACGGUAGUUGGCGAUACAAUCUUGCAGAAUUAUUGUGUCAUCCAGCAGGGUUUUCGUGGUUGGAUGGAUCAGGUGUUGCUACGGUUGACAAAAGGCAGGUGAACCCCGGUCUUGAGGAGGCGGCCGUCGGGCUCGGACUGGGGUGGGAAGGCGAUGACACUGAGAGGGCCGCGGAGUGUUAGAACCCCCGUCAUGUGGGGUCAGAUAGGAGGGAAUGUUGGCAACAGGAAGGCGAUGGUGAGAAAUGUGGUGACGCCGGACUGGUAUCUGGGAAGUUAUAAUGUAUAUAAUCUAAGUUACAGGGAAUAUUUGAAUUUUUUUGAGCGGU